CCCGUAAGACUGGUCUAGUAACCGCUUGGUGCCGCCUGUGGGAGAAACACGGAAGAAGAGUUCAUUCAAAGCGUUUGGGGAUCCGCGCGGACACACGUACACGAGUUUCUCCCGGUAAACAUGCUCCCGUGACGCUUCUCCAAUGCUCCCUCGCGUUUUACUCUCACUCGCAGCGGUUUUAAGUGGAGAUGUCUGGAAACACAUUACUGCAUGGACUGAUUCUCUUCUAUUCAAUUCACCCGCUCGUGCUCGCCGAAAAACCGGAUGAUGGCUGUGGUCAUUAUGUCCUUGGCCAAGAGAGUGGUGUCCUGUCCUCCAAGAACUACCCAGGAACUUACCCCAACAACUCCUGGUGUGAAUGGCGAAUCCGCGUACCCAUUGGCCACACUAUUGUCCUCAAGUUUGGAGACCUGAACAUGGAGAAGAAGGACUGUGAGACUGACUAUUUGAAGGUUCUGAAAGGAUCGUAUGGGGCAGAAAUGGUUUCCUGGGAGUACUGUGGUGGUCUGAUGCCCAAGCCUGCACCGAUUCACACGGACUCCAGCGAACUGACCGUCCGCUUUCGUAGCAGCCAGCACAUCUCUGGAAGAGGAUUCCUGCUUUCAUACUCCACAGAAAACCACAAAGAGCUGCUGACAUGCUUGGACAGAGGCAGUCAUUUCCCGGUGUCAAAGUACAGGAAGUACUGUCCGGCCGGAUGUGCAGCGGUGAUGGGAGACGUGUCUGGGGACAUUUCCCUGGGCUACAGACAUACAUCAGUUUUGUGUAAAUCAGCGGUGCAUGCUGGGGUCAUCACGGACCAGUUUGGAGGACCAAUCACAGUUGAGGAGCGCCGAGGGCUCAGUCACUACCCUGCGGUCAGAGCCAACGGCAUCCAGUCAAAAGAUGGUUCGUUGUCUGAAACCUUCUUCACAUUUGUGACAAACGAUUGCAGUCAACAGACUGUUUUUCAACCUGUGAGCACUACUACAAGCUUGUCAUCACACAGUAUCUCUUCUGACGGGUCUGAAGUCGACUGGUUUCCUAACAGCACCCAACCGGGUGUCUCUGAUGACCUUAACAAUAACCAUCCAAAAUGGCUCCAGAUUGACCUCGGAGAAAAGAGGAGGAUCACAGGUAUUCUGACCACAGGCUUGACCGUUGCAGGCUUCGGAUAUUUUGUAAAAAACUACAAGAUCGAGUACAAAGAGAGGAGUCGCUGGCGAACAUUUGUCCAGUAUAAUAACUCUGAUGAUAUGAUCUUUGAAGGAAAUACUGACAGCCUCCACCAAACACGCAACACCUUCCAUCCCUCCAUCGUAGCACGAAGCAUUCGAAUCGUACCUCAACAGUGGCACCGGACAAUCGCUAUGAGAGUGCAGCUACUGGGCUGUCCUUAUGUUAAACCCAUCCUAGCAGUGAAUUCAUCGUCUCCGGUGACACAGGAGGCCCAGCCUACACAGCCCAUUCACGAUGACAUGACCAAACCAGUGGCCUCUCAGGCUGAUCUUGUUAAUCUGGUCGUAAUAAUUGUGCCCACCAUUCUGCUUGUGGUCUUGCUUCUGGUGGGAAUCUGCGUGGUUAAAAUGCUAUACAAUAAGAAGACAAAGGAGAACACAUAUGGCUCUGCGGAGACACAUACAGAAUGGCUGACAGUUGAAAGAUUCUUGUCUACAGGCUGUUGGAGACAGAUAAAACAGCCGUUUGCCAGGCACCAGUCCACAGAGUUCACCAUCAAGUACAGCUCUGAGAAAGACCCCAUCCAGAAGCUGGACCUGGUAACCAGUGCAAUGGCAGCUGAGUACCAGCAGCCUCUCAUGCUUGGCACAGACACUGUCUCCCGAAAAGGCUCGACGUUCAGACCCAUGGACACCGAGGCCAAAGACAAGGACAUCGAGGCAACUUCUCACUACGACCACCUGCAGACGGGCAUCCAGUACGCCCUGCCACUGACCAAUCAGGAGCCAGAAUACGCCACGCCCAUCAUCGAGCGCCACGCCUUCCGCAAAGAUCCCUUCCUUCCGGAUCCCAGCUACAGCGUCCCAGGCGUUGUACUAAACAAAAGCCCAUCGUUUCGAGCGGUGGAGGGCAGUAACUGUAGGAAAGUGAUCGGAGGGCUGGCCGGGGGCUACCAGGCGCCCCACAUCAAAACGGACAGGGGGAAUUACCCAGAAGACAUCUACGACAGCCCUAAAAUCCAGAAACCCGUCAUGCAGAACGGGAGUUGUUCGGAGUACCAGAGACCCCAGAUUAAAUCCCAGGUUCAAGAGUGCUAUUCCACUCCCAGAGACUGCGUCAGACUGCCUUUCUCCGGACUCAGGCCAGACCCAGAGGGUAGCAGCUCAGAAGGAAGCUGAGAAGAACCAUACUGUGAUGUUGCCUGAUUUACCGGACUCAACAAAAUCACCUCCAGACUCUACUUAACUUAUUUGUGCAUGAGGGACAACUUGUUUUUGCAUUUUUGCGGAGGCCGUAAUGGAUGCGAUCAGUUUGUGUAAUUUAACAAUUUUUUUGUAUAUAUAUGAUGUACUUUGUCUUGAUGAAUCGAGAUUUCUUAAAAAUGUUCCUGUUUGUUCAAGUUUUGUUUUAAAUCAAAUGCAAUAUGCAGAAAUUUGAAGGGGACAAAUGCGUUCAUUCCCUUAUCAGACACAAACUGUGAAUGCGAGCCAGGUUUUCAUGUGUUCUAAAAUGUGACCAUCAUCUCGAUCUUCUCAGACUCUGCUUCAGAUAUCCUUAAAAGGACAAUUUCACUGAUUUUCAACCAUCUUUGCAUUGUUAAAAUGUUGGUUAUGUAAAUGUUCAAUGUAUACUCUUUGUCCAUGUUACUUCCCUACUGGUGUAACGCAAGUUCCUGAGCAGUUACUUUGAUCCGUCUCCUAAAAGGUGACCUAGAACCAUUCCACGUUCAUGUCUCUUCACCAAUCAAAACACAUGAAAUUAAUUAAAAACACUUUUUAAGUAGCCUAACACAUCUAAACUGGAAGCAAGCUGUGUGUCGAUGCAACAAAAUUUGCUUAAUUCCAUAAUGCAAGCAAAAUGAUGAUCUGGAAGUGAUCUGGUCUGAUGUGCAAGUGUAUAUUGGGUGUAAGGGUCGUACGCUUAUGUUAGAUUCAGCUGUUUUGGAUAAUUUUUCAUCUCUCAUUCUGCUGUAUGCAAUUGCAUUGUUGAAUCUCAAAGGUUUUGAUCUUUCUUCCAUGCCGAGUAAUGUUAUGUUCACUUUGUUUUGGACUCCCCUUGUUCCAUGUGAAAAUUGGCUGUUUAAAGCAAUAACAGACUAAAAUUGCUUAUUUCAUACUCUCUUUAUUUGGAUUGUCUAUAGG